UAAUCGCAUCAUCAUUUUAGAUUGAUGUGGUCGUCUGUCGGUCAGGUUUCAAAAUGGAAAGAUGAACGAGUCAUAWUUGGUAUAAUCAGGACCACUUUUUAAUAAUUGCGCUAAUUACAAAGCUUAUUACGAAGAUAAUUCUAUGAGAUCUCGAGUUUUUGAUUUUCCAACUGACCUUCAUUUUGGAUCAACGUGGUCGUCUGUCGGUCAGGUUUCAAAAUGGYUUCCCUCGUGCUAUUUUUUGUGCCUUUUCUUGGAGUAUUUUCUUUCCAGCCUGCUUCAGGUGCUGUUUGUAACGAUGUCAUUGAUAUCGGCGUGCUCAUUGACUCAUCAGCGAGCAUGGGAGACGAAUGGUUAGURAGUGCCAUGGCAUUUGCAAUCCAGCUCACAGAUAACUUCACCAUCAGCUACGAUGAGACAAGGUUUGGAAUGAUUAGUUUCAGUGACGAAGCGAAGACUGAGUUUCGUUUCAGUGACUAUUCGACCAAGGGUGAAGUGGAAAUAGCAGUAGGAAAAGUUGAYUCCAAGAACUCGAGUACAAGAAUCGACAAAGCCAUUCACUUGGCCAAAACAGAGCUAUUUGGUGUUGGAGGAGGCGCCAGACCAAAUGCUGAAAAGUUCUUGAUCAUCGCAACUGAUGGUCGUUUCUCACAAAAUGAUCUGCCAACAUUUGAUUCUAUGAUCUUACCGAUCUUGAACAUGAAUAUCACAUUAUUUGUGGUUGGUAUCGGUGAUGAAACCAUCCCUAAAGACCUGAACGCUCUCGCUUUGAAUAAACACGAGAACGUAUUUUUAUCUCCAGAUGCCAAUCGGGACCACCUCGUUAACCGUAUUCGACAGAUAACUGCAGCUAAAUGUGCCGUGAAACGAUAACUCUUCAUGUCACUGAAAAGUGAUGAAGACUCGUGGAAGAUCAUCCUAGAAGAUGUGAUUUCUGACAGAAAUAAGUUUUGCACUAAAUUCUAGUGUCAAUUGGUUCAUACUCAUCGCGGGAAUAUUGUUAUGCUUAUGGUUCUAUAAUAUUUGGUAUUGAUUGCUGGAAAAUAAAUAGAAAAGUUUAGUUUGAUUUA